AUGAAGUCAAAUUCAGGCCAAGUCUCUAGUUUGAUUGAAAACCGCAGCGAUCAUGCCGUUGUCAUCCCUUCUUUGGUUCCAGUGGCGUCCGGAAGUGGAGAGCGAUUGGGUAUGGAGCGUGAAGUUGAUCUGGAUGCUAUAAUGAUAAUGGAAGAUCAGGUGGUUGAAGGUCAUGGCAUUUCUGGUGAUUACGUUGAUGUCCAGGACGGGUAUGUCUGCUUUUGUGGUGCAGCCUUCGGUACCAAGCGUGGGCUUGACCAAGAUCCCGUGGGCUCACUGGUGGUGGUCCGUGUUCUUCCGGUUGUGCUUCCUGAGGUUGGUGCGGAGUUUACGGAAAGUGACUUGGUAUCCGAUUGGACGACCACUAACCGGGAUCCAGAUCAAAACGAAGCGGCCCUUGAGCCAAAGCCCUGGCAGUUCUCCUAUGAUGAACAGUACCGUUCAUUCCUGGAGGGUCUUCGGCGAGAUUUUGACCCGGACGGGGUGUUCGGUGAGUUGAUUGAUUUAAUACCGCCAGACGGGGAGGAGGGUGCCUCUCCCAAGCUGACUCUGGAAGCGAUCAAAUCGCCAAUGGGGAAGGACGGUGCAUCUCCUAAGGCUGUUCUGAAAGAUACCAAAUGGUCUAUCGAAAUACUUGCCCAUAUCAUUACGGAAUUGAAGCGCUUUUCCCACGGGGAUGACCUGGCUGGUCAGCUGCUUCAGCUUGCUGAGCAGUUGCAAGACGGUACGCUCACAAAAAGUGCAGGUAUGGUGCGUCUGUGCGAGAUUACUGAGCAAUUCUUUCCACUCAAAUAA